AUGGUCAACAAACCCGAAAAAGAAAAGGUCACCAAAACCCCAGCGACUGCCGCUAAACCAAAAGCCUUCACCAUCAAAUACAAGCGCCCAAGAGGCUCCCGAGCGUGUGUGGUAUGUCGGCAGCGGAAGGUGCGCUGUGACGCCGAAAUACACAUCCCGUGCACAAACUGCAUCACGUUUGGGUGUGACUGUGAGUUACCAAUGGUCAAAAAGAGAGGCAACGGCGCCCCCGAUGGCAGAAAGCGUAAAGAAGACGAAAUCAUCAAGACUGAAGACGACGAGUCGGUGGAGUUUAUCAAGGACCCGUCGCCCAAGGCCAAAGCCCACUCCAACUCCAGCGAGCCGGUGUUGAACAUCUCUCAGGUAUCGAUUCCUCCGUCACUCACGUCCAAGUACAAAAACCGGCCACUGGUACACAAAAAGGAGUUGAUGCUCAGCAAGGCCAAGGCCCUGUUCACGUUUUUGGGGUCGUCGUCGGUGGGAGUCAUUGCCCAGAACGUUGGCGACAACCACGUCCAGUUGAAUGAAGAUGUAUUCGAUGUGAACGAAAAUUCGUUGGACUCGGUCGAGUUGGAGAUUCUCAAGAUCAGAGGCGCUUUCCUCCUCCCGGACCGCGAGUUGGCGUUGGACUUGAUCAACAGCUACUUCGAACACAUCCACCCGUUGAUGCCAGUGGUCAACCGUACCGAAUUUAUGAAUAAAUUCAAUGACCCCAACGACAACCCACCACUUAUGUUGCUCCAGGCAGUGCUCUUGUGUGGUUGUCGUAUUUCCCGGAACCCGUUAUUGUUGGACUCCAACAACUCCAACAACUUGGCGUGUUUGACUUUGUUCCGCCGGGCCAAGGCCUUGUACGAAACCAACUACGAAAGUGACCCCAUUGCCAUCGUCCAGACGUUGAUUUUGAUCGGUACCUACUGGGAGGGCCCGGAGGAUGUCACCAAGAACUCCUUCUACUGGACCCGCGUGGCCAUCGGCUUGGCCCAGGGAUUUGGGCUCCACCGAGACGUUUCCAAGUCACCGCUCUCCAAUAACGAAAAAAAAAUCUGGCGCCGGGUGUGGUGGUGUUUGUUUGAGAAGGACCGCAACGUUGCCAUUGCCUUUGGCAGACCCGUGGUGAUCGACUUGAGCGACUGUGAUGUGCCCAUGUUAACUCUCGAAGACUUUGACGAAAACGACCCUGAAUCGGGUGUGGUUUCAUCGUACCCACUUAAUGAAAAGCAGGCACUCUACUUUAUCCACCUCGUCAAGUUGGCCGAGAUUACCGGCAUUAUCUUGCGGCACCAAUAUACCGUUAAGGCCGAGUCGAUGAAAAAGAAGAACAAGUUUUCCAUCAUCCAGCACUGUGAUAUGUUGAUGGGGAUUUGGUUCACCAACCUCCCACCGCAGUUGACAUUUUCUCUCAACGAUGUGUCAAAGCAGGACUUCUUCAGCUGUCUUUUGAACGCUCAGUACUAUAAUCGGUUGUACUUGAUUCACCGGUCCAACUUGAUCAGAAUGGCUCGGUCCAAUUCCACCGAUCCCAACAACUACAAAUAUCCCUCGUGGGGGAUCUCUUUCCAGGCCGCCCGUAUGAUUGCCAUCAUCUCCAAGAUCUUGUACGACAAGGACUGUAUCUACAAUUGCCCGGUGAUGUUUGUGUAUAUUGUCUACAGUGCGUUGUUGAUGUUGAUCUACCAUGUGGACUCUAGCAACAAGUUGAUCUCGUCCACCGCGUCCGACUCGUUGGUGACGUUGAAAACCGUAAUGGACCAGAUGUCGGAGGUGUUCCCCAUUGCCAAGGUGUUGCUCAAGUUGUUUGAAAAGUACGCCAAUGACCGCAUCAAUAGAGCCAAGGUCAUCGAGAGAACCGGCAGAAUCGCCAUGCGACAGGAAAUGAGCAGCUCCAAGAGGGCCUUGGAGAAUGAGCAGAACAUGAAGGCCUACUACGGCAACUCCAACACCGGUGGUAACGAAAACCUCACUCGUGAUAAUGGCAACACCCUCAACAGUGACUUCAUGCAUACCACGUCGCUGGUAAGCUCAGGCGUCUCUCCUCGGGCCGAGCCAUUUGUUAACAGAGACCCCACCACCGCCAACUUUGAGCAAAUGGUACAGGAAGUAAAGAGACCAUUCCAAAACGAGCUUCACCAACCUCAAGCUAAAAACAAUAACCAGAAAAAGAAUAUCAUCUCUCCGUCCUCGUCGAUGUCUUUCCCAGACAUUUCGUUGGUCACAGAAGAUAUGCCGGCUGACCUGAAUUUCUUCCAGAACUUCGAGCCCACUCAAUUGUUCCCCAAUAUGGCUGACAGUAGGGCCCAAUCCCCUGCCAUCUCCAGUAUGAUCAACCAAGACGAUCUUCGGGACUCCAACGACUUGGCCAAUGACCAGUAUAUGCCUCCUCCGCAUACCCCAGGUGGAACUUUCACCACCAACUUCAUCGACAGUACCUUCAUCAAUAUGAACUUACAGUCAGGGGCUGACAACUACAUCGAGGACGAGAUGGCAGGCUCGCUUUUCAACUUUCAAACCCCCAUGUAG